UCGUGCAACCCUAGCUUGGAUCAUGGAGGCGGCUUCUAGAACCGUGAAGGACGUCUCGCCUCACGAUUUCGUGAAGGCGUAUGCCGCCCACCUCAAGCGAUCCGGAAAGAUGGAACUUCCGCACUGGACAGAUAUUGUUAAGACUGGGAGGUUCAAGGAGCUUGCUCCUUAUGACCCUGAUUGGUACUACAUCAGAGCUGCUUCCAUGGCAAGAAAGAUCUAUCUGAGACAGGGUAUUGGUGUUGGUGGUUUCCAGAAGAUUUAUGGAGGGCGCAAGAGAAAUGGAUCCCGUCCACCACAUUUUUGCAAGAGCAGUGGUGCAAUAGCUCGCCACAUCUUGCAGCAGUUGCAGAAUAUGAACAUUAUUGACAUUGAUCCAAGAGGUGGGAGGAAAAUAACUUCCCAGGGGCAACGUGACCUAGAUCAAGUAGCGGGCCGGAUUGUCCUUGUACCUUGAUGAGUUGCUGCAGUUCUGGUCCCUGUCAUCAAUGAAGAGAUUUUGGUUAUGGUCUUUGGCAUUUUUGGUUUUAGGAUUUCUCCAUUCACUUUAUAAUUGUCAACUUUUAUAUUAGUAUUGGAAACUCUUAUGGGCAGGUUGUGUUAUUCUCUAUAAUCCUUUUCAUUGUUUGCUAGUAAACUCAUUUUUAUCCAUGGUCUGAUACGUUAGUAAUGGUGCUAAAAAAUUUGAACUUUGACCAUUGUUGGGCUGGUAAUGCAUGCGAAAUUCUGU